GGAGGGCAGGCCCCAGCCCAGCUGCCUCUGCUUCAGGAUCUGACAGUUGGGGCUAAAUUGACGACUCAGAGGGACAGGAGCCUGGUCUGCUGACUUGAAACGAGAUAUGGUGAAGGAAGCUGUGUGUCUCCAGCUGCAGGGAGUGGGGCAAAUUUACCUGUGACUUUCUCAUAGGUUGGCCACAAAGCAAGAAAUUCAACUGUGUGGAAGACAAUGACUUGUACACUUCUGUUCUUCUGUUUGGUGUUUCUUUUGCCCACAGAGUCCUGUAGGACAUUAUGCCAGGCUGCCAACAAAAGCAAGGAGAAGGUGCCUGCCCAGACACAUGGUGUAUGUGAUGGUGUCUGUAUGGAUAAUUCCCACUGCAACCAAACUUGCCCUCCAGGCACUGAAGGAAAUAUGGGGUUUUUAUGCAGGAAAAACAAAUGGUACAAAGUUACUGACACCUGCCGGACUCUCAAUGCCUUCAACAUCUUUGAGGAGGACUCAUAUGCAGCUAAACCAUUUGGAGAAACUAUAAGAAUAAAUGAAUAUGCUGGAAAGUCUGAGACCAUAACAGAUAUGUUGAUGCAAAAGUGCCCGACAGAUUUGUCUUGUGUGAUUAGAAACAUUCAGCGGUCUCCCCGGAUACCAGGAAACAUCGCUGUCAUUGUGCAGCUCUUACACAACAUUUCAACAACUCUGCUGACAGACGUUGAUGAGGCAAAGAUGCAGAGUUACAGCGCCAUGGCCAACCACAUUCUUAACAGCAAAAGCAUUUCAAACUGGACUUUCAUUCCUGACAGAAACAGCAGCUGUGUUCUGCUUCACUCAGUCAAUUCCUUUGCAAGAAAGCUCUUUGUAAAUAAACAUCCCAUCGACAUAUCAGACGCCUUCAUUCAUACCGUGGGUACCACCAUAUCUGGAGACAACUCAGGAAAGAAUUUCACUUUUUCCAUGAAAGUUAAUGACACCAGCAAUGAAGUCAUUGGGCAGGUGUUGAUUACUCAAGAAGAACUUAAGAAGGUGCCUUCCCCUUCUCAAAUCAUCAGCAUUGCGUUUCCAACUCUUGGGGCCAUCCUGGAAGCCAGUCUUUUGGAAAAUGUCACUGCAAAUGGCCUUGUUCUGUCUGUCAUUUUGCCCAAAGAACUUAAAAGAAUUUCACUGAUUUUCGAAAAGAUCAGCAAGUCAGAGGAAAGGAAGACACAGUGUGUUGGCUGGCACUCCCUGGAGAGCAGAUGGGACCAGCAGGCCUGUAAAACGAUUCAAGAAAACUCCCAGCAAGCUGUUUGCCAAUGUUGGCCAAGCAAGUUGUUUACCUCUUUCUCAAUUCUUAUGUCACCCCAGACCUUGGAGAGCCCAAUUCUGAUUUACAUCACAUAUGUAGGCCUGGGCAUUUCAAUUCUCAGCUUGAUCCUUUGCUUGUCCAUUGAAGCCUUGGUGUGGGGUCAAGUGACGAAGACGGAGAUCUCCUACUUACGGCACGUGUGUGUCGCUAACAUUGCAGCCACCUUACUGAUGGCUGAUGUGUGGUUCAUUGUGGCUUCCUUCCUCAGUGGUCCAACCGCACACUACAAUGAGUGUGUGGCGGCAACAUUUUUUGUUCAUUUCUUUUACCUUUCUGUGUUUUUCUGGAUGCUUGCCAAGGCACUCCUCAUCCUCUAUGGAAUUCUGAUUGUUUUCCAUACGCUGCCCAAAUCAGUCCUGGUGGCAUCUCUCUUUUCAGUGGGCUAUGGGUGCCCUUUGGUCAUCGCUGUUAUUACGGUUGCUGUCACUGAGCCUGGCAAAGGCUACCUACGGCCAGAGGCCUGCUGGCUUAACUGGGACACCACCAAAGCCCUCCUGGCCUUUGUGGUCCCAGCUCUGGCCAUUGUGAUAGUCAACCUGAUCACAGUCACACUGGUCAUCACCAAGACCCAGCGAGCUGCCAUUGGCAGUUCCAUGUUCCAGGAAGUGAGAGCCAUUGUGAGAAUCAGUAAGAACAUCGCCAUCCUUACACCACUGCUGGGUCUGACGUGGGGAUUCGGAAUAGCCACAGUCAUCGAUGACAGCUCCCUGGCCUUCCACGUCAUCUUCUCCCUGCUCAAUGCAUUCCAGGGUUUCUUCAUCCUGGUGUUUGGAACAAUCCUGGACCCGAAGAUAAGAGAAGCCUUAAAGGGUCGAGUGAACUCUGUGAAAUGGAUCACCAGAAUAUCAGAGGACCUUUCUUCUGAAUUCUCUUGUCAACCCACCAAAGGGCCAAGCUAACAAACCAUAUGCAUCCCUAACUCGGGAGGUCGUUCAUUCCAGGAAUGGCAGAGCCCAAAGAAGAAAUGUGCUUGUUCCUGUCUUCUUGCCACCAGGGAGAAUGAAGGAAGCCUCGUGCCAUGGGGCUGUCGGAGGAGGGAGUGAAGUGUACAGAGGAUGGAAGUCCCUUCUCUGAGUUGUUCUGUGCUACUAAAUAUGUCUUGCCCAGGAACCAUAUAUAUAGAUAGAUAUGACUUCUUUGUCCAUAAGCCAAGUAAAAUCAUAGAGUUUUAAAUCAGAAAAAAAAAAAUGCCUAUUUCAAGUUAAAGAGACAGGAGUCUGGAGUUGUGAGCACAGUUAAGCAGGAUUUGAGCCAGAGGUAGAAGCCCAAGUCUGGGAACUCCUAGUUCUUGACUUUCUCUCCAAGACCAGGUAGCCACUGAAGGACUUUCUGCCACACUUUCUGUCACCAACACUGUGUGUUUGAAGCCUGAAAUGGGGAAGAGGAAGUAUCAUAUUUCAAGGACAGAACUGCUAAUUUUCUUAACUUUGUAUGUAAACAAAUUCAACCUUCAAACCAGGUGUUACCUGAUAGAGAACAAUGCUGUAGGUUGAAGCCCCUUUACAAAGUAAGCACACUGGUAGCUGUCACAGGAGAAGACCAGGGGACAAGGGCAAGGGGCAGUGGAUGGUCCCCAAUUAUCCCACAAAGAAACCAGUGUUACUGAUGUCCCAUUAGAAAUGGGAAACUGAGGCUCACUUUGUGCUCGAGUAAUUCUCUCUCUGUUUUUUCUCCAAGGAAUCUUCUUCUAAGUGACAAAUUUAAGAAAGCAAUGAUAUAAUAAAGAGAUCGAUCAGAAGGUAGAGAAAAAAAAAUGCAUCAACCUGGAGAAAGAAUUAUCUUUCAAGAGGCACUGCUCAUAUUGAGACAACAAUAGCAUCCCUCUCAAAUGAAGCCAGAAAGUGGUUUGAAUUUUCCUUUUAGCAUUAUACCUGGAGGGUCUCCUCAAAAGAAGGAGGUGGGAUAGGCAUAGUCCUGGUUUUUCUCAGUGCAUAGAUUGAGGCAUAAAGAAAUGCCACUUAUCCAGAGUCAAUAUAUUCAGAUGAAGGCGGAAUCUCAUGAAGCCAAAUAAUUGGACGAUUGUAAAUCAGGAUGGACCUUAGGAAAGACUAAGUCUAAUUGUUUCAUUUUACAGAUGAGGACUCUGAGCAUGGGGGCAGAAGGAGGGAUUGUUCUGUUGUUUGUACUGUGCGUUGAGCAGUCACAGCUGGUAUGAAAACACUAUGGUGUACUCACUCCUGGAGAUAGGAUGGUGGGAGAAAUACCCCAUCAUGUUCAUCAUUAACCAAGAAAGGUCCAUGGGUGCUAAGAGCAACCCUGUGAAGAAGUUGUGCUCACUCUUCUGCAGCCCCAAACUACCAUGCACCAUCUUGGAAAAUGUCAAGGAACUGCAUGGGAUAGGUUGACUCCUGAUGACCCUUGACAGGGACAUAUGCAAUAUCCUGCUUACACCUCACAAAGGGAGUAAUGUGGUCAGGUGGCCCAAGGAAGAAUUGGUGCUAACACUGCCUAAGGCAGACCAAUGGGUAGAGCACUUAAUAUAUGGCCAUCCUUGGGCAAGUCAUUUACAUUCCUUAGAUUAGUUUUCUCUUCUAUAAAUUGAAGAUAAUAGAGCCUACCUCAGAGGAUUACUGUAAAGAUUAAAUGCGCAAUGCAGGUACUUAGAACAGUAUUUGGUAAAUAAUAAUUGCUCAUUAAAAGUUAGGUUCAUUAAAUGUUAGAUUUUUUUAGAGUGCCUGUGCAUAUGUACACACAUAAAAGCACACACAACACAAACAAAUAUACAGCCCUGCUCUUUGCAUGAAUUUAAAUGUAGAUACCCUCAUGGGAACUAGUUGAUUGACUGCUAAAUAAGAAGUAAGGAUUCAAAUUGGUCUGUUCAAUGGUAGGGGUAUCAGCCAACAAAUCUGCUGAGUUUACUACUUUUAUCCAGUGCUACUCUGGUCAUGAUAUAUGGUUCCCUGCCUUGGAAAGAAAAGUGUGUGUCACAGAAUUCUAAGCCCUGUCCCUGUCUGAGCUCUGCUUCACUUUUUUCUUUUCUGAGAAGUCUUCCAUGAUUGGUCCAAACAGAAAUGCUGAUCCUCCCUCUCUAUGUUUUAUAUGAUUUAAAAUUUUUGCCAUUUGCCUUGCAGUGGUAUAUAUUGUGUUCUAUUGUUUGUUUACUUUCAGUCCUUUAUGUGCACACAUUUUCUUUCCCAGAUAAGACUAUAAAUCUUGUUGCUCACUGUGGUACCUACUUUUACAUGCUCUUAGAGCAGAGGAAGGUGCUUUGUAUAUAGAAAUAUGUUCAGUAAAUAUGUUCAAUAAACUCCUUUGAUUACACAACUAUUUGAUACUGGUUUUUCUAAAUCCCAAAUGACCUGGUAAUUAACUAGUGACCUAAAUAAAUC